AUAGUUGUGCAAGUUCCCAAGCAGUGCCAGUCUUCUUCCAACAGCCAAAGUGGUUAACAACUUUCACCUUGAAGUUACCGUGUGAAGGCGCGAUCACUAAGUGGAUUAUCCAAAGCACUUCUACUGUGUGUAAAUUUGUGUGAUUUUUUUCCAGUUCCAAUUACCAUUCAAUAAAGAUGACUCUCGUUCAGCCAUCCGGUGAUAUGUGCGUGCAGAUCCGCCAGGAACUGCGUGAACCGGACUCUCCUGAGGAGAUUGACCGGGACAUUGCAUUGAUUCGUGAAUGGCUCGACAAACAGCCACACUUGCCAAAAGAUAUGGAUGAUGGACGUAUCAGGACAUUCUUACGUGGAUGCAAAUUCAGCUUGGAAAAGGUUAAGAGAAAAUUGGACAUGUACUACACCAUGAGAAAUGCUGUACCGGAAUUCUUCAAUGAUCGCGAUAUCGAUCGGCCUGAAUUGAAAGAAAUCAUGGAUAAUUGCCAUAUCCCACCGCUUCCUGGACUAACACCCAAUGGACGUCGUGUGACCAUCUUGAGGGCUCUCGAUAAAGAUAUUCCCACACCAAAUGCUUCUGAAGCUAUGAAGCUUGUCAUGAUGAUUGGCGAUAUUCGUCUCCUUGAAGAAUCAGUCGGUGUGGCUGGAGAUGUCUUCAUUUUCGAUGCCGUUGCCGCUUCUCCAAAGCACAUACCUAAAUUCACUCCACAAAUUCUCAAGAAAUUCUUCAUUUGCGUACAGGAAGCUUACCCAGCUAAAAUCAAGGAAAUCCAUGUUAUCAAUGUCUCUCCGUUGGUGGAUAGUUUGGUGAACUUUGUGAAACCAUUCCUGAAAGAGAAAAUUCGCAAUCGUAUCUUCUUGCACAGCAAUAUUGACGAACUCUACAAAUAUGUUCCUAAAGCCAUGCUCCCAAGCGAAUAUGGCGGUGAUGCUGGACCUAUUCGGGACAUCAAUGAGCAAUGGCGUCAAAAGUUGAGGUCCUACACGCCAUGGUUCAAGGAACAAGAGAAUUCCAAAGCCAAUGAAUCCCUUAGGCCAGGUGCUCCAAAGACUGCUGAUGACUUGUUCGGAAUGGAUGGUACCUUUCGCAAGUUGACGAUCGACUAGAUAUUUAAGAGAAAAAAAAUUACCAAGAUAAUCAAUAAUUAAAUACUCUUCCAUUUGGGACAAUAGUACCACCAUACAGUCACACCUUUGUAAUAGAUCCGUUUCGGAGACCUUUCAUCAAAUUUAUUCACAACACAGAUUUUUUAAUAAUGAAAUAAUUUAAUUGAUUUUUAAACCAAAACUCGUUCAUGUUUGUACAUAUCUUACUUUAAUCAUAAUUUUGUCACUCAUUACUACAUAUUUUUGUUUAUAAUAUUUGCACCAUCAAAUUGCAUAAUUUUUUUUAUACAUAUUAUACAUAAAGCAUAGAUUAUCAUGUGCUACUGUGUCGAUUCCUAUCAAAUACAUUUUUUUAUGUUGCAUCAUAUUUUGUGAAAAAGAAAUUUUUGGAAUAAAGAUCUUUAACCGUUUCUCAAGGUAA